AUGGAUCUUUUGUUACAGUUUUUGGAUAAGUUUUACAAAACGGAUGAUUUGUUGGAAGCAUAUGAAGCAUGGUCAACCUUUGAAAGAUGUAAGAAAACAGUUGAUCAGCCCAUGGAGGAAUAUAUUAUGGACUUUGAUAAGUGGUAUAAGAGACUGAAAAAGUUUAACCUUGAAAUCCCAGAUGUACGGGACGAAUCUGAAGUUGCCUUCCUUGCUAUCGGAAACCCGCCCCUGCUCUUGAAGGAACUAUCAUUAGCUCGGUUUUUAUCCUCCCACUUAAAUGCCUUCCAUGCAGGCAGGAAAGCUUUCAUCAAGGCGGAGAUCUCUGAAAGAAUUAGGAGAGCAAUGCGACACCAUACAAGACCAUCUAAAGUAGAAUUUAGCUCAGAUGGUCUGGCUUAUUAUAAGAGAGAGGGGCAAAGGGAAUGGAAAGGCACAAACACAGUUAUAGGGCCUGAUUAUUCAACACAGAAAUCAAACAAUAAAAGCCCAUCCUUCAGGAUCAUUGGAAUGAAUUAUGGAUUUGGAAAAUCUGACAAUGUGAUAGAAGAUGAAAAAGCACCAUGUGCAUCAAAGUUUGAAAAAGCUGCAGUAAGAAGCGAUAUACUGGAUGAUUAUGUAAAAACAGGAGGAGCCUGGAUUUAUUCUGCACGCGAAUCAAGAUACCCAGGAGUUAGUGUUGAAAAAUGUGCAGCAAAAUGUAACUUAGAAACCCAAUUUCUUUGCAGAGCUUUCCUCUUCACUCAAAAGAGUCAAGAGUGCAUCACUACAGCCGAUAAUAGUCACACGCAAUUGGUGAUGAGAAGAACAAAUGUCGUUCUUUAUGAGAAACAAGCUUUCCUUCUUGAAUGCAAAUCAGGCAAUGGUGUCAGCUACAGAGGAACAGCAACAAAAACAGCUUCUGGAAGAACCUGUCAAAGAUGGGCCAGCAACACCCCACACAAACCAAAUUACAAACCGGAAAAUAGCCCACAUGCAGACCUGGAAGAAAACUAUUGCAGAAAUCCUGACAAUGAUACCACAGGGCCCUGGUGCUACACUCAAGAUGCAAACAAACGAUGGGAAUACUGUCAGAUACAAGAUUGUGAAGAGGGGUGCAUGUUCUGCACUGGUGAGAAUUAUCGUGGGAAAAUGUCCCAAACGGAGGAUGGUGUCACAUGUCAGCACUGGGAUUCACAAACACCUCACCUUCAUGGAUACAAACCGGCCUUUUUUCCAGAUAAAUAUCUCGAGGAGAACUACUGUCGGAAUCCAGAUGGAGAAUUCAGGCCAUGGUGUUUCACAACUGACUCCGAAACUCGAUGGGCAUUCUGCAAUAUUCCACGGUGUGAUGGGGAGCCCCCUGCUAUUGAAGGAGAGACAGAGUGUUACACAGGCAAGGGUCAGAAGUAUCGUGGAACUGUAUCAACAACAAUUUCUGGUAGAGUCUGUCAAAGAUGGGACGCUCAGGUUCCGCACCUGCACUCAAGAACUCCGGACAACUACCCAUGCAAAGGACUAGAAGGUAAUCACUGCAGGAACCCGGAUAACGAAAAGGAGCCCUGGUGUUACACCACCGACCCAGAUACAAGAUGGGAAUAUUGCCAAGUACGAAAGUGUGGCCUUGUGCCUCCAGUGCCGACAACUGAAGGUGGACCUACGGAUUGCUUUGAUGAAAAUGGUUAUAACUAUCGUGGAACUACAGCCGUGACACUAUCAGGAAAAAGAUGCCAGGAAUGGGAUUCCAUGACACCACACAGACAUGAGAAAACGUCGCACAAUUUUCCUUAUGCCGGACUAGUUGACAAUUAUUGUAGAAACCCUGAUCAGGAUAGGGCACCUUGGUGCUUCACAACUGAUCCUUCAGUCCGAUGGGAAUACUGCAGGAUUUCAAAGUGCCACCCCAAUAGACCUCACAUACACAUUCAAGACCCCACUAGCAUUCCUGAAUAUGGAGGAGGCGCUGAGACAUCGCAAGCACCUAAUGGUCAACCAGAUUGCAUAGUAGGUAAUGGAGUGACAUAUCGUGGGACAAGAUCAACCACAUCGAGUGGCAAGACAUGCCAAAAUUGGUCAGCGAUGACCCCCCAUGUUCAUGGAGAGUUCACUCCUGAGACACACCCUAAGGCUGGACUGGAGGGAAAUUAUUGCAGAAAUCCAGAUGCGGAUGUCAAUGGCCCAUGGUGUUACACAACAGAUCCCAGCAAACAAUUUGAUUACUGCGAUGAUAUUCCCACAUGUGGACAACAACCUAAUGAGUGUGGAAGGUCUUCUGUUGAGCCCAAGAAAUGUUUUGGAAGAAUUGUUGGUGGCUGUGUAUCCAAACCACACUCCUGGCCUUGGCAAAUUAGUCUUCGCACCAAUUUUGGUGCUCACUUCUGUGGAGGGACUCUUAUCGAUACCAAAUGGGUACUCACAGCUAAACACUGUUUAGAACGAUCCUUGAAACCUUCAGCCUAUAAAGUCUAUCUUGGAAUACACAGAGAAGUUGCACGUGAAUUGUCGAGGCAGAUAAUUAGCAUUAGCAAAAUAGUUCCUGGACCCAGUCGGAAUGAUAUUGCUUUAUUAAAGCUUGACAGGCCAGCAGUGUUGAAUGACAAAGUCGCUAUAAUCUGUUUGCCAAAGAAAGGCUAUAUAUUACCAAGUGGAGCUGAAUGCUACGUUACAGGCUGGGGUGAAACACAAGGAACUGGAGGUGACGGGCUUUUAAAAGAAGCAGGUUUUCCAGUGAUAGAAAAUAAAAUUUGCAAUCGCCCUGAAUAUUUGAAUGGAAGGGUGAAAAACCAUGAACUAUGUGCAGGAAACAUCGAAGGUAUUGUGGACAGCUGCCAGGGUGACAGUGGAGGCCCUUUGGUAUGUCCAAACUCUGAAGGCAGAUAUCUUCUCCAAGGCAUAACAUCUUGGGGCCUUGGCUGUGCAAAGCGAAUGAAGCCGGGAGUUUAUGUUCGAGUUUCGUUUUUUAUUGACUGGAUUAAAAAUACUAUAAGGCAGGGUUAA